AUGCAAGCAGCUUCCUCCCCGACCAGGUGGAUGUGGGGGUUCAGGAUGGUGGUGUGGACAGGCUUACUGUUCUUAGACCACACUGGGGGAGGAGUAGCAUACACACAAGACAACAUGUGGUCUAAGAACAGUAAGCCUGUCCACACCACCAUCCUGAACCGCCACAUCCACCUGGUCGGGGAGGAAGCUGCUUGCAUCGCGUACAUCCGUAUCACACAGUAUAUCAACACCAACAGCAUACUGCGCACCGCCCAGUCUGAGGAGACACACAUCUGGCAUCGCCGUGACGGCAAGUGGCAGAUAGUCCACUUCCACCGCUCUGGAUCACCCUCCGCCAUCACCAAGUAAGCC